AUGCUUGAGCCAUCACACCUAUCUGCCCAACCGCUUGGGGACGAAGUAGAUGUAGACUCGCUCGAUCUCGCCAGUCUGUAUCGGGAAUUGCAUCUCAGUGAUCGGAUACGGGAGUCCAUCGUCCAGGAGAACCUCGCCGCACAGACGCGAGCGACUGUGGAGGACGAUGCCUUUGACACAUGGAGCCAUUACCGCCGCAACAGGCAAGAUGAGACCGACUGCGAGACUCCUCCACGCCCCAACCACGCUGGAGCAUGGCCUACCGAGCACCCGGAGUCCAGAACGCAUCCUCACGCGGAGAGGCCAGUCGAUACCGUCGCCAUCCUCCAGAAGAUUGACGCGCAACGAGCUGCGUUGCGCGCCAGGGUUAACGAGCUCUCCCGCGGAAAGCUGCGGUCGCUUUCCGUUAUCGACCUGCCUCUUGACAUUCUCCAAUUAAUCUUCGACCUUGCCAUCGGGAACGAGAGUGACAAACGCGCUCGUGUGCGCCUCGUCGCCAGUUGCAGGCUUACGUGCAACAUCUUUGAGCAGAUGGCCGCGCCACGCCUCUUCCCGAUCCUGAACGUCGCUUUAGACGAGCAGUCCCUACACCGGGCGCGACAAAUAUCUCACAGGCCACUCCUUGCGUCUGGGGUGCGCGAGGUCGUCGUCGACAUGCGCUACGUUCCCGAAGACCUUGUGACGGACAAGAAGGACGUUCUUCGGCAAGUCAUGCACCGUGCGGCCAACAUGAGGGGGUUCUUCUACAAGUCAUAUCAGGCCCGCAUGGUUGGCCCAUACAGCCACGCGCUUGCUGAUUACAGGGCGUAUCGACGGGAGCACCGAAAGCAGCGACGGCUCGUCGAGGACAAGACUUUUACCAACACCCUGGUGGAGGCGUUGACGAGGAUGCCGCGAGCAAGAUCUGUUCGGUUCAAGGAUGAACCUGAUACCGAAGAUGAGGAGGAUGAAGAUGUAGAGGAUAACGAAACCCAGUCUCUAGGAACCCGCAGUCUGGAGAAGAGGGGAAAAUCCCAGGCUUCAGUCACACGCCUCGGCUGGAAGUCGAUAGAACGGCUUCGGCGCUCCUCGGGUGGGGAUGAAGGCAGAACCUCGGAGCGGCCGGCGUGGGAUGAGCUUAAGAGGGCCUGCGCCAGCCUCAGGACCGUAAAUUUGGACGGGACCUUAGGCGGGAACCUGAGCAACAAGAGUACCCGCGCCCACCACCUGCCACCCUCGGACAAGAGUAUGGUGGACGAAUUCCUUGGCGCGGUCCUUUCCGGACCAUCGCUAUCUUCAGUAACACUAUCCAUGUAUGCUUUCGGCCUCACUUCCAGUCCUAGUAGAGGCCGGUACGAGCUAUACCACGCGGAUGCGAUCUUAUCCGCCAUCUCGUCCACGUGCAUACAGAGUCUAGUCCUGUCCAACGUGAGCACGCACCCCGGCCCGCUCGAGCGCCUCCUCAACAACUUACAUGGCAAAGCGACAAAACUAUUUCUCGACGAUGUCUGGCUGCUCCAGGGUAGCUGGGGAGGCGUGCGCGAGAUCAUCGCCACCCGUUUCGCGGGUCGGCACCACCGCGACGAGCUGUGGCUAAGCCUCUGCGACUUAAUCGGCGGAGAGUACGGAGAGAGGGGUUAG